AUGAAGAUUAUUAUUCAUUGGGGUAGAGUAUUGGGUCUUUUUAUUGCAAUACUAGUUGGUUGCAUUGCAAUUAUAUGUUUUAAAUUAUUCAAUAAAUCCGAUCCAUUCCAUGAUCAAAAUAUUGGUCAGUGUGAUAUGUACGAAGCUCAAACAAUUAUUGAUAAUCUUUGUGAAUUAUAUUCUCUUGGUCAAGUGUCCGGUUCUCAUUGUUCAUCAUUGUGUAAUAUAAAUGCAACAUUAACAUUGGCACAAUGUUUGUCAUUAUCUCAAUCGAAAAUAGUAUUACUCAUGUCAACCAAUUCAUCGUCUUAUGUUGUAUUAAAAUCUACACGUCGUUCUUUUGAUUAUGAUCCAAGAGAUUUAUUAUUUCAGAAUACAAUCGUAUCAAUACCAUCAGCUCUUUUAAGAUUUUACGAUAUAAUCAAUUCAACAUUAGAAAGACAUAUGGGUAUUCAAAUAGAGAAUUUAAAAAAUGAAGAUUUAAUACGUCGUUUAUUUCGUCAUGAUUAUAUUGAAAAUCCAUCGAUUUUAUUAGAGAAAUUCGAAGAAAUUAAAGUUAAUUAUAAUGAUUACUAUGAACAUAAUCUUGCAUUAUCAUUAACAACAGAACUCAAUACGCUUUUUUCAUUAAUAACACAACAUGAAUUUUUACUUUCACAUUAUUAUCGUUCAAAACUUGAAUUAAUGCCAAAAAUCAUUGGAUGGUGUGGUCAUGUUUAUUUAACAGAACAUUUAACGCCAUUAAAUCAUCCCAUGAUUGAAGAACAAUUAAAUUCUGACGCAUGGAUACCAAAAGCUUGGUUAGCUAAUCGUCUUCUUCAACUUGUUGAUAGUUUUGAUAAUGAACUUCAUGCUCCACUUCAUUUAUGUGAUCUUCAAUUAUCUAAUUUCGGUAUAAGUGAAAGUGGUAAUGUAAAGUUACUUGAUGUAGAUAUGGCAUAUUUUGAUCGCUUAAUUCCAUUAGAUCCGGCCAUAAAAUGUCGUAGACAUUCCGAUUGUUCAUUUUUCGACUGUUCAGGUUAUUGUGAUAAACGUAAACGGCGAUGUCAUGCGAAUCGUCGUAUAAACAAUAAUUUACAAGUACUAUGCGCAAAAGUACUUACAAAAUUAUUAAAAGCUGAUACCAUCCCAUCACGAUUACACGACGUAAUUUUGUCGUAUGUUAAACAAUGUACAUCACCACCGGGUCGUUAUAAAGGAUCAAGUGAAUUAAGAGUUGGCGCAUCGCCACGUUUACUGCGUGCAAUGCAAGUGAUGCUUAUUGGUGAAUUAAGAUCUGCUAAUAUAACUUCGUGUUUAUCUUAA